UUUUCAAAGUCUGCAUCUUUAUCGACAAUCUCAAAUUCUUUACAUGAAUGCUUUCGCCAAUGUGCAUAGUCUUCGGGUACCUUCUCACCAUCUUCGAGAUUUCUCAGCGUCACUCUCUCUGGCUCCUCCAAAUUUAAAGAAAAUCAUCAAGCAAUGCUCGACGCCCAAGCUUCUGGAGUCUGCUUUAGCCGCCAUGAUCAAGACGAGCCUAAACCAAGACUGUCGCUUAAUGAACCAAUUCAUCACUGCCUGCACUUCCUUUAAACGUCUUGACCUCGCAGUUUCCACCAUGACCCAGAUGCAGGAACCUAAUGUUUUCGUCUACAACGCGUUGUUUAAAGGCUUCGUUACUUGUUCUCACCCGAUUCGAUCUCUGGAAUUGUAUGUUCGUAUGCUCAGGGACUCGGUUUCUCCAUCAAGCUACACGUACUCUUCACUAGUAAAGGCGUCUUCUUUCGCUUCUAGGUUUGGGGAAUCACUCCAGGCGCACAUCUGGAAAUUUGGAUUUGGUUUCCAUGUUAAAAUUCAGACGACUCUUAUUGAUUUUUAUUCAGCCACUGGUAGAAUCAGGGAAGCCAGGAAAGUGUUUGAUGAAAUGCCUGAAAGAGAUGAUAUUGCUUGGACCACAAUGGUUUCUGCUUAUCGUCGGGUUUUGGAUAUGGACUCUGCGAAUUCUUUAGCUAACCAAAUGUCGGAGAAGAAUGAGGCUACGUCGAACUGUUUGAUUAAUGGAUAUAUGGGAUUAGGCAAUCUGGAACAAGCAGAGUCAUUGUUUAAUCAGAUGCCUGUGAAGGACAUAAUCUCAUGGACCACUAUGAUCAAGGGUUACUCGCAGAAUAAAAGAUAUAGAGAAGCAAUUGCAGUGUUCUACAAAAUGAUGGAGGAGGGCAUCAUUCCUGAUGAGGUUACUAUGUCAACUGUUAUUUCAGCUUGUGCCCAUCUCGGCGUGCUGGAAAUAGGUAAGGAGGUUCAUAUGUACACGUUACAGAACGGUUUUGUUCUUGAUGUCUACAUUGGUUCUGCACUGGUAGAUAUGUAUUCCAAAUGUGGUAGCUUAGAGCGGGCGCUUCUGGUGUUCUUCAAUUUGCCCAAAAAGAAUCUAUUUUGUUGGAAUUCGAUCAUUGAAGGACUGGCGGCUCAUGGUUUUGCACAAGAAGCACUGAAAAUGUUUGCCAAGAUGGAGAUGGAGUCGGUGAAACCUAACGCAGUCACUUUUGUGAGUGUUUUUACUGCGUGUACUCACGCAGGUCUUGUUGACGAAGGUCGGAGGAUAUAUCGCAGCAUGAUUGAUGACUAUUCCAUUGUCUCUAAUGUUGAACAUUACGGAGGCAUGGUUCAUCUAUUCAGCAAAGCUGGGUUGAUCUAUGAGGCUCUUGAAUUGAUUGGAAAUAUGGAAUUUGAACCAAAUGCGGUUAUCUGGGGGGCCUUGCUUGAUGGGUGCAGAAUUCACAAGAAUCUCGUGAUAGCUGAAAUAGCGUUUAACAAACUGAUGGUUUUGGAGCCGAUGAAUAGUGGGUAUUAUUUCCUUUUAGUUAGCAUGUAUGCAGAACAAAACAGGUGGAGAGAUGUUGCAGAGAUUAGGGGAAGGAUGAGAGAGUUGGGUAUAGAAAAGAUAUGUCCUGGGACAAGUUCGAUUCGGAUAGAUAAACGAGACCAUCUGUUUGCUGCAGCUGAUAAGUCUCACUCAGCUUCAGAUGAGGUUUGCUUGCUGCUUGAUGAGAUAUAUGAUCAGAUGGGAUUAGCUGGAUAUGUGCAGGAAACUGAGAAUGUAUAUUAAGACUUACCAAAACUUUCUUAGAUAAUUGAAAGCUUUGUUUACAUGAAAGUAGGAAAGAGAUAGAUCAAACUGCAUCCUCGCAAUUUGCAGCA